AUGUCCCAGGAGUCAAGGAGGCCUCCCUGGGUGUCCUAUAAAGAACCUGGGGAGAUGGAUGCCAAUGCAAUCCAUCCUGGCCCUGAGUGGAUCACCAGGAUGAGGGAGGCCAUCCCCUCUCCUUCCAGGGUGACUUUGGAUGCCAUGGCAAGGCUUCCAUUGCCAUCCCAGACUCUAUUGUCUGUUCCAUCCCCCAGCCCCUUUCCAAUUUAUACCCGGGAGGCUGUUGAUGCCCCCCUGGACAUUACACCCCCCCACCCCAACCCUCCCUUUGACUUUCCAUCCCUGCCUUUCUGUCCCACCCUCAUUUCCCCUUCUGGCUCUCUAAAUCAAUUCAGGCAGGAAAAAAUGCCUUUGGACAUUCCUGGCACCACUCGUCCUUCCCCCGGGCCUCCUCCUUACUGGCCUUUUGAGGUCCAACAAGGGGAUUCACCUCAGCUUCCAAGGCCCCAUACACCCCUGGGAGGUGAGGUCUUUAUCACUGUCACUCCUCAAAGUGGUGGCCGGAACCUCAUAGACUUCAGCUUUAUGUCCCCAGUUCCCAGUCACAUACAAUGGUCGUCCCUAGCACAGCACAUCAGGAAAAUGUGA